UACCUCCUCCUCCACCUUCCCCACUUUUAGCUUAUCCUUGGAUGAACGUUUCCUGGGGUGACAAUAACAGAGAUCUGCGUUAUGUGGACAGUUUUCGACCAGUAAAUGACGAAGUCAGGCACAUCAGAGUUCUGCUGUAUGGACCGGUCGGUGCUGGGAAGUCCAGCUUCAUCACCUCUGUCAGUAAUGCUUUGCGGAGGAGAAUGACCUGUGAAGCUCUGGCUAGUGCUGCUAACAGUUCAGGGCAAAGUUUUUCCAAGAAGUAUUCAGCUCAUUGGAUCCGGAAAGGAGGCAAAGGAAACUAUUACUGCCUUGUGCUCAAUGACACCAUGGGCCUGGAGGAAGGAUAUGGAAGAGGAAUCCACACACACGACAUCAAGCUGGCUAUGAUGGGGCACGUAAAGGAGGGAUACAAGUUCAAUCCUCUGGCUCCACUGUCUAAUGGGGAUCCUGACUACAACUCGUCCCCAUCUCUAAACGACAGAGUCCAUGUUAUGGUUUGUGUUCAUAAUGCAAAUGCACCAGAAAUGAAGUCCUCCAUUUUACUGAAACUGAGGGAAAUCAGAGAAGCUGCCAGUUGUAUGGGUGUUCCUCAACUGGCUGUUCUCACAAACAUUGACGAGGCGUGUAUUGAUACCAAGACAAAUUUAAGAAAUGUCUACAGGAGCAAAUAUUUAAAGAAAAAAAUUUCUGAAUUCAGUUCAAGCUUGGGGAUUCCAAUAAACUGCAUCCUUCCUGUGAAGAACUAUAGUCACGAAAUCCAGACAUGUUCAGAUGUUGAUACUUUGAUCCUGAGAGCUGUGAGACUGAUGAUUGAUUUGGGACAUGACUUCACGAACAAAGUGCUGAGAUGAUUUGGAGCCUGAGGAAAUAACAAGCAUGUAUGAUAAAGCCGCACAUCUUCAAUGAAUACAGGAAGAGACUGCUGAUGCAUUCAAGGUGUGCUAAGAGAAGAUAGACUGUCUGCAGAGCUGUUCAAGUCUGAAAGAGGAUCUCAGUGCUAAACAUGAGCACCAACAUCCAGAAGACUGAUAUCAGCCUCCAUAUUUAUUUUUAAGUAGUUUUUUCAAAGAAGUUACAUGAAUGAUCAUUUGUUCCUGACACACAUUUCAGAGAUGAAUGGGUACUUUAGCAAUAACCCAAAUAACAUAUUAGAACAAUAAAUAGCAUUGUUGUUGAGUGUAUAUGUCUAUUUAUUAAAUAAUUUAGCAACAAAAAGA